AGUGGCAGGUGGGCUUCUGGAGCCGGGCCGCGGCUUGCAGCAAGUGGGGUCUUCUGUGCUCCCCAUAUGGCGCCCGGCUGCGUUCACACCCACCUGGUGGUCCCUCUGGCUGGGCCCUGUUUUGACCUUGGUGACUUGGACCUGCCACCUUUCUGACUCUGGGUGGUGGACAGAGCCUCGCCAUGUCGGAGGUGACAGCUGGGCCCACCCCCACGACAGCGGGUCUGAGCUGGAGCCACCAGCCCGGUUUAGGACCGAGUCCCAUCCACACUUCCUUGGCUGGCCCGUGGCCUGGUACAAGCGGGAAUUCCUGGCCAUGCCCGUCAUGGGAGCAGGUAUGACAGCCAUGCGGGUGACACCAGGUCUAGGCACUUGGGUGCUCGACUUCCCUGGGGCAGGUGGACAGAUAGGCAGACGGGCAGAAGGCUUCUCGCGGAGCCUGGCUCCCACCAGCCAUGGCCCGGGAAGCCAGGCCCGCCGCGCCCAGGGGCAGGAAGGGCUGGGUGUACCUCGCCUGUGUCUCCAUGGUGACCGCCAGGCGGUGGGCCGUUGCCCACCGUCCUGCUCUCCGAAGCCCCACACCUUGGCCAGCACCUCUGCCAGCACUGGCCACCGAGAGCUCCACGCAGGAGAUCGGCGAGGAGCUGGUCAAUGGGCUCAUCUACUCCAUCUCCCUGCGCAAGGUGCAGCUGCCCCACGGCGGCAGCAAGGGCCAGCGCUGGCUCGGGUGUGAAAAUGAGUCGGCCCUGAACCUGUAUGAGACCUGCAAGGUACGGACCGUGAAGGCAGGCACGCUGGAGAGGCUGGUGGAGCACCUGGUGCCCGCCUUCCAGGGCAGCGACCUGUCCUACGUCACCGUCUUCCUGUGCACCUACCGAACCUUCACCACCACCCAGCAGGUGCUGGACCUGCUGUUCAAAAGGUACGGUAGAUGUGACGCCCUCACGGCCUCCUCUAGAUACGGAUGCAUCCUCCCUUACUCCCACGAGGACGGCGGACCCCAGGACCAGCUGAGAGAUGCCAUCUCCUCCAUCCUGGGCACCUGGCUGGACCAGUACUCGGAGGACUUCUGCCAGCCCCCGGACUUCCCCUGCCUCAAGCAGCUUGUGGCCUACGUGCAGCUCAACGUGCCUGGCUCGGACCUGGAGCGCCGUGCCCACCUUCUCCUGGCUCAGCUGGAGCACGCAGAACUCACUGAGGCAGGGCUGGAGGCUCUGUCCCCAGCUCCAGCUCCAGCGCCGGUUCUAAAACCAGAGCGAGAGGCAGCUCUAGCACCAGCUCUAGCAUCCAGCCCAUUGCCAGCUCUAGAACUAGAGCCAGUGGCGGCUCCAGAGCCAGAGCCGGCUCCGGAGCCAGAAUCAUCGCCGGCCCCAGAGCUAGAGCCAGCGCCAGCGCCAACUCCAGAACUGGAGCCAGCUCUAUCGCCAGCUCCGGAGCUAGAGCCAGCAGCAGCGCCGGAGCCCUCCUGGCCUCUGGCCGUGGCUUCGGAGAACGGGCUGAGUGAGGGGAAGCCUCACCUCUUGGUGUUCCCUCCUGACCUGGUGGCAGAGCAGUUCACCCUGAUGGAUGCGGAGCUGUUCAAGAAGGUGGUGCCUUACCAUUGCCUGGGCUCCAUCUGGUCCCAGCGGGACAAGAAAGGCAAGGAGCACCUGGCUCCCACCGUUCGAGCCACCGUCACCCAGUUCAACAGUGUGGCCAACUGCGUCAUCACCACCUGCCUCGGGGACCGGAGUGUGACAGCCCGGGACAGGGCCAGGGUGGUGGAGCACUGGAUUGAGGUGGCCAGGGAGUGCCGGGUCCUCAAGAACUUCUCGUCCCUCUACGCCAUCCUGUCCGCUCUGCAAAGCAACUCGAUCCACCGACUGAAGAGGACGUGGGAAGAGGUGUCCAGGGACAGUUUCCGGAUCUUUCAGAAGCUCUCGGAGAUUUUCUCAGACGAGAACAACUACUCGCUGAGCAGGGAGCUGCUCAUCAAGGAAGGGACCUCCAAGUUUGCCACCCUGGAGAUGAACCCCAAGAGAGCACAGAAGCGACCGAAGGAGACGGGUGUCAUCCAGGGCACCGUCCCCUACCUGGGCACGUUCCUUACCGACCUGGUGAUGCUGGACACUGCGAUGAAGGACUACCUGUAUGGGAGACUGAUCAACUUCGAGAAGAGAAGGAAGGAAUUCGAAGUGAUAGCCCAGAUCAAGCUGCUGCAGUCAGCCUGCAACAAUUACAGCCUCGAGCCCGAGCAGCACUUUGGGGCCUGGUUCCGGGCCAUGGAGCGGCUCAGUGAGACCGAGAGCUACAACCUGUCGUGUGAGCUGGAGCCCCCGUCCGAGUCGGCCAGCAACACGCUGAAGGCCAAGAAGAACACGGCCAUCGUCAAGCGCUGGAGCGACCGCCAGGCCCCCAGCACGGAGCUGAGUACCAGCGGCAGCUCCCACUCCAAGUCCUGUGACCAGCUCAGGUGCGGCCCCUACCUCAGCAGCGGGGACAUCGCCGACGCACUCAGCGUGCACUCAGCCGGCUCCUCCAGCUCCGACGUGGAGGAGGUCAACAUGAGCUUUGUCCCCGAGUCCCCCGAUGGCCAGGAAAAGAAGUUCUGGGAGUCGACGUCCCCAUGGUCCCCGGAGACCUCUGGCAUCAGCUCAGCCUCCAGCAGCACCUCCUCCUCCUCAGCCUCCACCACGCCCGUAGCGGGCACCCGCACCCACAAGCGCUCCGUCUCGGGGGUCAGCAGCCACGGCUCCUCGCUGCCGCUGUACAACCAGCAGGUGGGCGACUCCUGCAUCAUCCGCGUCAGCCUGGACGUGGACAACGGCAACAUGUACAAGAGCAUCCUGGUGACCAGCCAAGAUAAGGCUCCCGCUGUAAUCCGCAAGGCCAUGGACAAACAUAACCUGGACGAGGACGAGCCAGACCACUAUGAGCUGGUGCAGGUCAUUUCAGACGAACGAAAACUGAAGAUCCCCGAGAACGCCAACGUGUUCUACGCCAUGAACUCAACUGCCAACUACGACUUUGUCCUGAAGAAACGGCCCUUCACCAAGGGAGCAAAGGUCAGGCACGGAGCCAGCUCGACGCUGCCCCGCAUGAAGCAGAAAGGACUCAAGAUCGCCAAGGGCAUCUUCUGACUGGUCCCUCGUGCUGGCCAGCUGCAGGACCAGCCUUUCCAGGGUCGGGCUGGCCGGGCAGCCACGCCCUGGCAGACUCCAGUGGCCCAGGCCCGGCGGGCACCUUCCGCCCAACCUGUGUGCCCAGGCCACCCCCAGACCGCGGUUGCACCCUGGACCUCUCCUGCUGCCGGGACUGACGCCUGCCGGCCGCAGGCUGACCUGGCCCCCCCCCGUGGACCCCCCGUUGCCUUAGGUGCCUUCUGCUCUCUGGACCCAGAGGACCAGCUGACUUGCCAAGGAGCACUGCCCGUGGGCACGGAGCCCUGCACGCCUCCGGGCAUUGCCCUCUGUGCCCGUCCCUCACACGUUCCCAAGUGUGGGUCACCGCCACCCGUGCCCGUGGGUCUGACCACUGCAGUUCUCUCCUCGUGCCCUUCAGGGGGUCCCGGCCCUCCCCCCACCACGCUGGCCUUCCUCAGGCUGCACCAAAGAUUUCGUCGUCACGGCCAACUGAGGGCGAGGGCGUCUCACCCGCGCCCCGCUCCCCGGCCCUCCCUCGGGAGAGGAGAGCGCGGCCCCCUCCCUGGGCCACACUCUUCGCCCGGUGAGUGAGGACAGUCUCAGCCAAGUCCCACCGUUGUCAAGUCUCAUGACUCUGCAAGGGGCGCUCGCCACCGCACCCUGGACAUCGGGGGACCGCACGAGAGGGAGGGCAGUGGGAACGGAGGAAUCGGGGGAGGGGGAGCGAAUAUUUGUAUAAAAGGCAAAAAAAAAAAAAAAAAGUUUACCAGUUGGGGAGGGGCAAUAUUUAUUUGUU